AUAUUUCUCUCUUUCUCUAAUCGCAUCCAUGGACCAGAUAAUCUGCCUCGGCGACUCCAUCACGCAACACGGCUGGGACGUUGGCAAGCGCGGCUGGGUGGCCCAGCUUUCACAGGCCUACGUGCGACGGCUAGACGUUCUCAGCCGCGGCUUCAGCGGCUACAACACGCGCUGGACAACUCCCCUCUUGGCACAAAUGCUCCCACGCAGCCUCCUAGGAACCCGCCUAAUAACCGUAUUCUUUGGCGCCAACGAUGCACAACACGCGCCUCUAAAGCAACAUGUCCCAUUGGGCGAGUUUGUCCAGAACACCCGGGCGAUUAUUGAAAACCUGAAGGAAAAAGCACCUUUUGCGCGAAUUAUCCUGAUUACGCCGCCGCCGGUCGGCGAUUCAUUGUGGGCGAAAACCAGAGAGGCUGAGGGCAGAGUGGCGGACCGCACCAAUGUGGUGACCAGACAGUACGCUGCUGCUGUUGUUGGACUAGCUGCGGAGCUGGCUGUGCCCUGUGUGGACUUGUGGACAGUUAUUGAGACGAAAAGAGAGGCACAUAAUGGGUUGCCGUUUGCUGGAUACGAGGUGUUUUCGUGGGACGGGUUGCAUUUGAACGAAAAUGGAAAUGAUGUUUUGUUUAAUGAGGUCUUGAGGACUAUUCGACUGAACCAUGCUGAUUUGGAUCCGGAUGUUUUGCCAUUUGUCUUGCCUGCUCAUACAGAGAUAGUUGAGGGCACUAGGGAGGAGCUGCUUGGGUUUGUUUUAGGCGAGUAAAGGGAAAAAACAAUGGAAAAUUGCAAUUGCAAUGGUCGCAGUGUAUAUUGCUAAUUUAUUGUUUAAUUUUUUAUUAUUAAAACACUAUAUACAUUUGUCUAUUUGAAGGACCGACAA